GGCGGGCGGCAAGAUGGAGGCGAGGGAGCUGUUUCGGAGGUUGGGUGCCGGUGCCCGCUUCGAUGUGCAGCGCUUCGAGGUCGAUGCGCGGAGAUUCGGGGUGAUAAAGGGGAGCGGCGUGGGCAGCGCUUCUCUGGAGAGCCUCGACUUCUUCGGACGCAAGGAGGAAGCCCCCCGGGGGCUGGCAGGAGAAGAGGUGAAGGAGCAGCAGGAGAAUGGAGGAGGGAAAAGCGGCGGGGAGGUGACAGGAAAGAGAAAAAGAACUGCAGGAAGCAGUGAAGGGAAAAGGAAAAAGAAAAAGACACGAGAAGCAGCAUCAGUGCCAGAGUUGUCAGAAAGCAACGGGAUCAAGUGGAUGUCCUCUCUGGAAGCAACGUUCAAAGAUACAACAGACAAAAAACCAACAGCAGAAAAACUUGAACGUUUGAGAAGGGAAAAGAUAAAUCGCUUCAGGAAUCAGCACAGGAUCAGUGUGCAGGGAACAGAUCUUCCUGACCCCAUUGCCACCUUUGAUCAGCUUCAGAAGGAGUACAACAUCCACCCCAGAAUCAUGGAGAACAUCCAGGCUGCUGGCUUCCAGGUCCCCACCCCCAUCCAGAUGCAGGCCAUUCCUGUCAUGCUGCAUGGUCGGGAGCUUCUGGCUUCAGCUCCUACUGGGUCUGGAAAAACCCUGGCAUUCUGUAUCCCUCUCUUAGCCCAUCUGAAGCAGCCCAGGAACAAAGGGUUCCGAGCUCUGAUCAUAUCUCCCACCCGAGAGCUUGCCAGCCAGACACAUCGGGAGCUGGUGAAGCUGGCAGAGGGGACAGGCUUCAGGAUCCACAUCAUCCACAAGGCAGCUGAGGCUGCAAAGAAGUUUGGGCCCAAGUCAUCUAAGAAGUUUGACAUACUGGUGACUACUCCAAACAGACUCAUUUAUUUGCUGAAACAAGAUCCUCCAGCCAUAGACUUGACCAGUGUGGAGUGGCUGGUGGUGGAUGAGUCAGACAAGCUGUUUGAAGAUGGGCAGAGGGGGUUCAGGGAGCAGUUGGCCUCCAUCUUCCUGGCCUGCACCUCCCACCUGGUCAGGAGAGCCAUGUUCAGUGCAACCUUUGCCCACGAUGUGGAGGAGUGGUGUAAACUCAACCUGGACAGUGUCAUUCUGGUCUCUGUUGGAGCAAGAAACUCUGCAGCAGAGACAGUAGAACAAGAGCUGUUGUUUGUUGGCUCUGAGACAGGAAAACUAACAGCAAUGAGAGAGCUCAUUAAAAAGGGUUUUGCUCCUCCAGUCCUUGUUUUUGUACAGUCUAUUGAGAGGGCUAAAGAGCUCUUCCAUGAACUUAUUUAUGAAGGCAUCAACGUGGAUGUCAUCCAUGCAGACAAAACCCAGCAGCAGAGAGAUAACGUGGUACACAGUUUCAGAGCUGGGAAGAUCUGGGUGCUCAUCUGCUCAGCCUUACUGGCUCGAGGGAUUGACUUCAAAGGUGUGAAUAUGGUCAUCAAUUAUGAUUUGCCAACGAGUGCUGUGGAGUACAUCCACAGGAUAGGUCGGACUGGCCGAGCUGGGCACACAGGGAAAGCAGUGACUUUCUUUACAGAAGAUGAUAAACCUUUAUUACGGAGCAUAGCCAACGUGAUCCAGCGAGCUGGCUGUCCUGUGCCAGACUACAUAAAACACUUACCCAGGCUGCAAAGCAAACAGAAGAAGAAGUUCAUUAAGAAACCACUGAAAAGAGAAUCCAUUUGUACCACCCCCAAGUGCUUCUUAAAAAAAGACAAAAGAAAAAUGAAAACUACAAAGGAAAAUACUAAGAAAAAAAGGAAAGCCAAAGAAGAGAAAAAUGGCAGUAAAAUACAGACUGUUUCAAACAGCUGAAUAACAACAGCCUGCUGGGGAGCUGGGGCUGACACCUCUGUACUGAGGAACAGAAGAAUGAAGGUAGCAGCAAAGGUGAAAGGAAAAAAAUAUUUGAGUUUCCUACUGGGUGAGGAUAGGUGUUGACAUGCAAGGAAGUCUCUGCUGAAAGAACCAGUAGCAGAUUUCUGAAUGCUUCUCAUAGAAGUGCACUCCUGCAGUAAAUGCCUUGUGUUUCUGAACAGCAGUUCAUUGCAUCUGUUUGUGUUACUGUCACAGAGUUUUAUAUUACAUCUUGGAAAUACUGUCAUUUCUGUAUUCAGAUAAACCCUAAUACGUUUGUCAGACUUUGAGAAGAUUCAGUGGCAGAAACUCUGCAAAGCCUGCUGUUAGGUGUGAGAAAUGUGGCAGUCAAGAGACUUCCCUGGACACUUGAAAAACCAAACUGAACCCUCUUGUAUUGACAGUAAAGCCUUGCCCCUCCUUGGGCUUUUUGCUUCUAUAAAAUAAUUUUGAAACAACUCGUGGUUUACAUGUCUGUAAACACUACUGUAAUUUUGAACUGUUUGCUGUUUAAGCCUCAGAAUAAACAAUGUUGUAAAAGAUUCUGGUACAGAGCUGCCUGUCUGUAGAGCCUGGGUGUGCCAGGUCUCCAGGCAUUAUUCCAUGGCUGUUCCACAGGCUCCACACAAUUCCCACCUCCCCAUCUCAUGAUUGUGUUCUCAGCUCACUGUUGUGUCAGAAUUCCAGUAAGGCAGGACUGGCUUUUCCUUUGCCACUACAAUCCUUCUUGAAGCAAGUGUUCUCUACAGGAUUGUCUCCUUGCUUUGUCAUGUCUCAUCCAGAGUGGAAGUGGAGCCCAGGUCUAUAUAAUUUAUUUACAGCUCUGCCAAGGGAUGACUGAAGUUCUGUGAGGAGCUGAUAGAAGGCUCGGCAUCCUGUUUUGCUUGCUCCAGAACUAGACAGAGAUGAGUUGCUUUUGCUUUGUUUGCAGAGUUGUAUCUUAUAUUUGGGUUGUAUGAGAACUAAUGUCUUAAUUUGGUCAUC